AUGUCUCACCAAUCUGGAAUUCGAGUUUCGCAAGAACUCGCAGACGUGUUUGCAAAAGCCGUUUCUGAAAAUAAUUUAAGGCUUAUACGCAUAUCAAUUAUUAAUGAAUCAUUGGUUCCAAACGGCACAAAAGAUACUGCUAAAAAUUGGGAAUCCGACUUUGCAGUAGUUAGUGAAUUCUUGGAAGAAAAGACGCCUUGCUACAUCUUUUAUCGACUUGAUUCAAAGUCUUCGACAGGAGAUUAUGAAUGGAUAUUUAUGACCUACGUUCCUGAUAUUUCUAAGGUCCGAGAUAAGAUGUUGUACGCAUCGACACGUGCGACGUUACUAAAAGAGUUAGGCGACUCCCGCUUCGUUGAUUCUGUGUACGGUUCUACAGCAGCCGAAUUUUCUUUGGAUGGAUACCAGAAACAUAAAAAACAUAAGGAAGCUGAUGCGCCGUUAACGGAACGUGAGAAAGAAUUAGCCGAGGUGAAAUCUGCCGAGGCUAAUGUCAGUUAUUCAGCACGUAAAUCUCAUGCUGCGGGAAUUUCUUUUCCUAUGUCCGAUGAAGCGAUACAAGCCAUACAAGGUUUGCUACAACCUGAUUCGACAAACAAUUUUGUGAAACUAUUUUUGGAUACCAAAAAAGAAACGAUCGAGCUUGAUGAAACCGUUAAUAUUGACAUCGACAAACUUGCAAAAUCUUUCCCUACCGAUUCUCCAAGAUAUGCUUUUUACUUGGAAACGAAUGAUCCGGAAGAUUUUACUAAAUCAUAUAUUUUGGAUGAAUUACAUCCAACAACCGAAACAGCACCAAUGAGGUUUUCCAGACCUAAACCACCGGGAAGGAAGGGAAUUGUUAGAGCUUAG